AUGAAAGUUCUAUUGGCGGCAGCGGUUUCUUUAACAGUCUUGAGUAGUCUAGCGGUAGGUAGAGUACUUCCCGAAGGGAAGUACGUCAAGAUGCCCUUCGUCAAAAAGGGGAACAGCGAAAGUAGUGUACUGAGCAAGAGAUCUAGCGGCCAUGAGAACUUCGUACUGGCCAAUGAGCAGAGUUUCUAUUCUGUUGAGCUAGCUAUCGGUACGCCUUCACAAAAUCUAACUGUGCUGCUGGACACAGGGUCAGCAGACUUGUGGGUUCCAGGAAAGGGGAACCCCUACUGCGGUUCGGUGAUGGACUGUGACCAGUACGGCGUAUUCGACAAGAGUAAGUCGUCGACGUUCAAAGCCAACAAGUCCUCGCCUUUCUAUGCCGCUUACGGAGAUGGGACCUUUGCAGAAGGUGCGUUCGGUCAAGACAAGCUUAAAUACAACAACUUAGACCUCAGCGGCCUACCGUUUGCCGUGGCUAACGAAUCUAACUCGACUUUUGGUGUGCUCGGGAUUGGUCUGUCCACGCUCGAAGUCACCUAUUCUGGGAAGGUCGCCGUGAUGGAUAAGAGAAGCUACGAAUACGACAAUUUUCCCUUGUUUCUGAAGCACUCUGGAGCCAUCGAUGCGACUGCAUACUCUCUCUUCCUUAAUGACGAGUCACAAGCCUCGGGUAGCAUCCUCUUCGGUGCUGUCGAUCAUAGCAAGUACGAGGGCCAACUGUAUACCAUCCCGCUGGUUAAUAUGUACAAGUCACAAGGUUACCAGCAUCCGGUAGCGUUUGACGUCACUUUGCAGGGACUUGGUCUGCAAACUGACAAGCGCAACACCACGUUGACUACCACCAAGUUCCCGGCUCUGCUUGAUUCAGGUACGACACUAACAUAUCUGCCCUCCCAGGCAGUGGCAUUGUUAGCGAAGAGCUUGAACGCCUCGUAUUCCAAGACAUUGGGCUAUUACGAGUACACAUGUCCCUCAAGCGACAAUAAGACCAGCAUAGCCUUCGACUUUGGUGGCUUCCGCAUCAAUGCGCCUCUGUCCGACUUCACUAUGCAGACCAGUGUGGGGACCUGUGCUUUGGCGCUAAUCCCACAAGCGGGCAACGCCACUGCUAUUCUUGGCGACUCCUUCUUGAGAAACGCCUACGUGGUCUACGAUUUAGAUAACUACGAGAUAUCUCUAGCACAGGCCAAGUACGGCAAGGCCAAAGAGAACAUCGAAGCCAUUAAGUCCACAGUUCCAGGUGCAACAAGGGCCCCUAGCUACAACAACACUUGGUCUACCUACGCCUCCGUUACAUCCGGUGGUAAUAUUUUUACCAGUAUGCGCAUUUCCAACGGUACUACUUCCACUUCUACUAGAUCAAGCAGAACCAGGAAAACAAGCACUACCAGCAGCGCAAAGUCAACUCAUAAGAGCAAGAGGGCUCUUCAAAUGGCCGCUGUCAAUUCGGCUGCAAUCUCGAGCUCUACGUUGGGUUUACUACUACUGCCUUCAUUAGUCAUUCUUACCAUUUUCUUCUCCUAA